AGUUUUAUUACUGUAGCAUCUGUAAUUAAAGGUGAGAAAGAAAAUGAAAUGUAUGGUUGUAGGAGACAGGAAGACUUUUGAAAGUCUCCCACCGAAGUGAUGUAUGAAUAUGUGGAUGUGGUGGUUUAUGGGCCAAUACAAAAGAACAUUUCAAGAAGUGGUUUGGUAGCAGUACCAGAGAAUUAUGUUCACAUGGUGCUAGGAGUUGAAAAUCAGAAAGGGACAAAAUAGUUUUAUGAGUGAGUUGAUCUGGAAUCUUGUGCCAUGAUAGUUCAUUGUUGACUCUUUAUAGUGUAGGGAGUAGAGAAUGGGAGAGUCAAAGUUGUGAAUCAAGAAACAGGCAAAUGGCAGAAGCUAUUGUUUCUGUGACAGUGCAGAAGCUAGGAGAGUUUCUCCUUGAAGAACCGUUGUUCUUGUUUGGUAUAGGCGACCAGGUGAAGCAGCUGCAAGACGAACUCAAGCGUUUGAGGUGCUUCUUGAAAGAUGCAGAUGAGAAGCAGAGUAAAAGCGAGAGAGUGCGUAAUUGGAUUGCAGAGAUUAGAGAAGCUGCCUAUGAUGCAGAGGAUGUCCUAGAAGCAUUUUUCCUCAAGGCAGAAUCAAAGAAAGGAAAAGGAAUCAAAAAGGUGUUUAGGAGGGUUGCUUGCAUCUUGAGAGAGACGGUUUCACUUCAUAGUGUUGGCUCAGAGAUUAAAGAGAUCACCUCCAGGCUUUCUAAGAUAGCAGCAAGCAUGCGAGACUAUGGUAUAAAAGAAGCUAUGGACGGAGAAAGUUUGAGUUGUUUGUUCAAUAGUUUAAGAGAGCAGAGGCAGUCCUUUCCAUAUGCUGUUGAGCACAAUCUUGUUGGGUUAGAGCAGAGUCUUGAGAAGUUAGUGAAUGAUUUAGUCUCCGGUGGUGAGAAUUUAAAGGUCAUGUCCAUCUGCGGAAUGGGUGGUUUGGGGAAGACAACUCUAGCCAAACAGGUCUUCCAUCACUGUGUAGUGAGGCGUCAUUUCGAUAGGUUUGCAUGGGUAUAUGUUUCUCAAGAGUUUAGACGGAGGCAUGUUUGGCAAGAGAUUCUUUUGAACCUUAGCUAUAAAGAUGAGAACCAGAGGAUACUUGGCUUGAGAGAUGAACAGCUUGGAGAGGAGUUGCAUCGGUUCUUGAAAAGGAAUAAAUGCCUCAUUGUGCUUGAUGAUAUAUGGGGCACUGAUGCUUGGGAUGGUUUGAAACACGUCUUUCCACAUGAAACAGGAAGCAACGUAAUACUCACCACAAGGAACAAGGAGGUUGCUUUGUAUGCUGAUCCAAGAGGUGUACUCCAUGAGCCGAGAUUGCUAACACAUGAAGAGAGUUGGGAGCUGUUGGAGAAAAUUUCACUACAGGGACGAGAUGAUUUAGAACCAGUGUUGGUCAAGAAACUGGAGGAGAUUGGGAAGCAGAUGGCCAUAAGGUGUGGAGGUUUACCUCUAGCUAUUACAGUUCUAGGAUGACUUUUGGCGAUGAAAAACACAUCGAACCAAUGGCAGAGAGUGCAAGAAAACAUCAAAACAUAUGUUUCAAGUGGAGGUAGUUGCAAUGGAAGUAAGAGUAUGAUGGUUGCAGAUGUUUUGUCUUUGAGUUAUGAGGACUUGCCUCCUCAUCUAAAGCAGUGUUUCCUAUACUUUGCUCAUUAUCCUGAAGAUUUUGAGGUCCAUGUGGGAACAUUGGUUAGUUACUGGAUCGCAGAGGGAAUGGUUAUGCCUGUGGAAGCUGGGAUGACAGUAGAGGAUGUAGGGCAAGAUUACCUUGAAGAGUUAGUGAAGAGAAGCAUUGUGAUGGUUGGAAAAAGAGACAUUGUCACCUCGGAAGUUAUGACAUGUCGUAUGCAUGAUCUAAUGAGGGAGGUUUGUUUACAGAAAGCAGAACAAGAAAGCUUUGUGCAAGUUAUUGAUUCAAGGCAACAAGAUGAAGCUUUCCCGUCUCUUUUGACCAACACAUCUCGCAGAAUCUCUGUACAGUUGCAUGGUGGUGCAGAGGAACACAGGAUGGAGAGACUUUCUCAAGUGAACUGCAUAAGAUCUCUUGUGUAUUUGAUGAAAAAUCAAGGAAGUCAAUGGGAGCUUCUUGGUAAGGUCUCCUUUAGAAAGAUGAAACUCCUUAGAGUUUUAGACCUUGAGGGAGCUCAAAUCAAAGGAGGGAAGUUGCCAGAUGAUGUAGGAGAUCUCAUCCAUUUGAGAAACUUUAGUUUGAGAUUGACAAAUGUUAAGGAACUAACAUCACGUAUUGGAAACUUAACGUUGAUGAUCACUCUAGAUUUGUUCGUGAAGGGGAAACUGUAUAUACCAGAUGUGAUAUGGAAGCUACGGAGGCUGAGACAUCUGUGCAUGCCUUCAGAACUUGAUCCAAGAACGAAGCUGGACUUGAGUACUCUAAGGAACCUGCAACAGCUCUGGGACUUCCCUGUUGGGCAAUACAAUCCAAGGGAUCUACUGGUAAUGACAAGUCUUAGAAGAUUGUCUAUCAAUCUUUCUUCUCAGAACACAGACUUUGAGGUUGUUUCUUCUUUAAGUAGAGUUUUGAAACGUCUCCGUGGCUUGACGAUUAACGUUCCCUGCGAACCUAUGCCUCCACCAGUUGAUAUAACACAGUUGGUUUCUGCCUUUGCUAAUCUCUCUGAGCUGGAACUGUUCCUUCAACUAGAAAAGCUACCUGGGGAACAGAGCUUCUCCUCUGAUCUCGGUGCCUUGCGGUUGUGGCAAUGCCGAUUAGUGGAUGAUCCUCUUUUGGUUCUUGAGAAGCUUCCAAACUUGAAGAUUCUUCAACUGUUUGAAGGAUCUUUUGUAGGUAGUAAACUUCAUUGUUCUGUAAAUGGUUUCCCUCAGCUGCGUUCUUUGACGUUGUCACAGCUUGAGAAUCUAGAAGAAUGGGUUGUAGAAGAUGGUGCCAUGAUGUGUCUUGUUUCUUUGGAGCUGAAGUGUUGUAAGAAACUGAAGUCGGUUCCUGAAGGAAUUAGAUUCUUGAAGAAACUACAAGAAGUAGAGAUUGGGAACAUGACAAAGGCGUUCAAAGAUAAGUUGGCAUCUGGUGGUGAAGAUUUCUACAAGAUUCAACAUGUGCCUUGUGUUGUUUUUGAGUACUGUGACGUUUAAAUAUGUGUUUCUUCAUUACUGAUGUUUUAGUUUCAUUUAACUUUUCAUGAUUUUAUGCAUUAAUAAUUAAACUCUAAUUAUUUAAUAGAAUUAAGAAAAGAGU